CUUUUUAUGGUAGACAUCAUCUCUCUUGCUUCUAAUUGAAACCGCCUUAAAGAUAACCACCAUACUUUGGGGCGUUUCUAUCUUUUUAUUUCUUGAGAUGAACUCUACUGUUUCAUCUCCAUCUCCAAGAAAGAGAGAGCUUUCUAUGGGCCGUUUUAAUCCUCCCCUAACGCAAAUCUGAAGACAGAGAGAAUUAAUACCAAGGUACAUUCCCCUCGGUUCACCAUUUGUGUGUUAAAAAAUCGGAUCUUUGGAUAGAUUAGAUGUAGGAGAACCCAUUUCUCUUGACAUCAGAAAAAGAGAGAGAGAGAGAGAGAGAGAGAGAUUUUGGCCCAAGAGACAAAAAGGGUAAGUUUGUGGUACAACUAUGGAGGUACAGGGAAGAACACCCAAUCUAUCUUUCUUUCUCCACCCUUUUUUUUGGGUGGAGUUGUUAGUUUGUUUGGAUUUUUGCUAGAUCUUUUUUUGUAGAUUUGUGCAUCUUUUUCAAAGGUUAAAUGAUGAUUUGAUAUGACAUGGCCAGCAUUUGCACAGCUUGUGAGGAUUCCAUGGGAUUUGUUUGUUAGGUUCGGCUAUGCCUGUCUCCCUCUUCUUUCUUGCUGGUGCUUCAUCUUUUGCGGAUGCGAACGGUUUGCUUUGUCCCUUGCGGAUAUUAUUUUAAUACAGCAGCUUCGAAACAGUCAAAGUUAGGUGAUCAAGAUUUUAUUUUGACUUUAUCCCGUCCUCUAUGCCGUGCUUCUUUUAUAUGUAGCCGGCAACGAUCUGUUCUCCUCACUUUGUGUGGUUUUCUUCGAGUUUCUUUUAAUACAAGGUUCUUGCUUUGUCUUCCAUGGAAUUUGUAUUGGAUCCCCUCAUGGAGGGCGAGAAAUCGUGGGAAUGCUAUUCCACUUCCUACAGUCGAAGUGAGGCUGUCGAAUUUAAACCAGUUUCUGAAGACAACGAUGUCCAGGAUGCAGACACAUUGGUUUCCUUGGACGCAGUUCUGCCUGAUGACCUCCUGGAGAAAGUCCUCUCCUUCUUGCCCAUUGUGAGUAUAAUUCGAUCGGGGUCUGUGUGCAAAAGAUGGUACAAUGCCGUGCACUCAGGAAGGCUUUCAUGGACUAGCAUGUUACCCCAGAAGCCAUGGUACUUCAUGUUCACUUGCAGUGAGGAUGCUGUGGCUGGCUAUGCCUUCGAUCCGAGCCUUCGGAAAUGGUAUGGCUUCGACUUCCCUUGCAUUGAGAAGAGCAAUUGGUCUACCUCUUCCUCCUGUGGACUAGUUUGCUUCAUGGAUAGCGAGGACAGGAGUCGGAUAUUUGUCUGCAAUCCGAUCACGAGAGACUGGAAAAGACUUCAGGAUGCUCCAGGUGGAAAGUACCCGGACUAUAGUGCGGUCGCCAUCUCUGUGGACCGGAAGUCUCAUAGCUAUACCGCUGCAGUUGCCAAAUGUAAGCAGGUGCCUGAGGAUUAUUACCAAUGGGACUUGUCCAUCCAUGUCUAUGAGUCGGAGAGUGAAUCGUGGGUUACUCCCUUCAAUGAAAUUCUGGUGGGUUGGAGGGGAGGUGAUGAGUGUGUGAUCUGCAAUGGAGUUCUGUACUACCUGAUCUACUCAACUGGUGUUUUGGGAAACGCCGAGCCCCGGCAUUGCUUAGUUAUGUAUGAUCUCUCAGUGAGAUCAUCGCGCAUGUCUCUGAUGCGCAUGGCGAUACCGGCGCCCUGCUCCUUGACGUGUGGCCGGUUGAUGAACCUCAGAGAUAGGCUGGUUAUGGUUGGCGGGAUUGGGAAGCAUGACCGGCCGGGGAUUAUCAAGGGGAUCGGCAUUUGGGAGCUUCACAAGGAGCAAUGGCGAGAGGUUGCACGAAUGCCCCAUAAGUUCUUCCAAGGAUUUGGUGAGUUUGAUGAUGUCUUUGCAAGCAGUGGAGCCGACCACCUCAUCUACAUACAGAGCUUUGGGUCGCCGGCACUGCUCACUUUUGACAUGAGCCAGAAAAUGUGGAAGUGGUCGGUCAAAAGUCCCGUGACCAAGAGAUUCUCCCUCCAGCUCUUCACUGGUUUCUGCUUCGAGCCGAGGCUUGAGAUUACUUCUUGACUUGUUUAGUUUCAUUGCUGCUACAUCACAAGGAAUCAUGUUACAGUUUUCUUUUUUGGAGCCACUGAAACAAUUUCAUUGGACCUGAGGGUUAUAUGGAAAAUCUUCAUUUUAUAGAGAAAAAACAUAUCCGAGGAUGUUGUGUGAU